GGCAGAGCGGAGAGAGCGAAGCAGCCACUGGCCAGACCCGGGCCCGGGCGCGCGGGCCCCGGUCUCAGUGUGGAAGAGGAGGCACGAGACGUCCGUAUCGGCACCGGGGACCACCAGCCGCAGCCGCCCGAGCUCCAUGAGCGCCAGAGGAUGGCAGUGAGACGUCGCCCCACCACCGCCGCCGAGCCCGCGGCGGGCCUCGCCAAGGAGGCCGGCGACCGGGAUGGAGUCCUCCAGCAAGAGAGCGAGGCCGAUCCGACGACGGGGAGGACCACGUGCCAGGGCGGCGGCCUCGGCCUCGGCGGCUCGUGCAUGUCGUUCCGGGCCGUGGUCGGCGUGGACGCGGCCGACCUCUGCUCGUGGCGGCGCUUCGUGGCCAUGCUGUACCGGCCCACUGACCCCGCAUCCCUGGCCGUCAUCCGGAUCCUGUUCGGCCUGCUCAUGGCGAUAGACACGUUGGAGGAGCGGGGGCUCGGGGAGGCCGACCUCCGUUGGGGCGCGCCCAAGCGCUGCUACUUCCCCCUGUUCGACUUCCUGCGGCCACUCCCGCUCGCCUGGAUGUGCAUCAUCUACUUCGUCAUCUGGCUGGGCGCGGUGGGGAUGAUGCUGGGCUACCGCUUCCGCCUGAGCUGCCUGCUGUUCGCCGCGCCCUACUGGUUCGUGCUGCUGCUGGACAAGAGCCGCUGGAACAACCACUCGUACCUGUUCGGCAUUUGCGCCUUGCUGCUGAGCCGCUCCAGCGCGCACCACUACCUGUCCGUGGACGCGUGGCUCAACGGGUGGCGGGACCGGCCCGUGCCCCUGUGGAACUACGGCGCGCUGCGGCUGCAGUUCUUCCUGCUGUACUUCUUGGCCGGCGUCAAGAAGCUGGACGCGGACUGGAUCGGCGGCUUCCCCAUGAGGCACCUCAACAACCACUGGGUGUUCGAGCCUUUCAAGCUGGUGCUCUCGCCCGAGCAGGUCGACUACUGGAUCGUCCACGUGACGGGCUUCACCCUGGACCUGACGAUCGGCUUCUGGAUGUACCUGGACGCCACGCGCCCCGUGGCCUUCAUCUUCUGCGCCAUGUUUCAUCUCAUGAACUCUAGGCUCUUCAUGAUUGGCAUGUUUCCCUACGUCUGCCUCGCCACCAUGCCCCUGUUCUGCCACAACGACUGGCCCCGACGGCUGUGCGCCGCGCUGCGGGGCUGGUGGACCCCACAGGAGGCUGGCGGCGGCGCCCACAAGACCGAGGAGCGCCCGUCCUGGGCGUGGUUGGACCCGGAGCGCCACCGGGAACUCGUCGCCGACUCUGGCUGUCUCUCCCCUGCAGUGGACGAGUGCCGCUCCGCCUCCAAGAAAAGCAGGGCGGCGGACACUGCGAAGCCCCUGCGUUGGUACCAUCAUUUGACGGCCGUGCUGCUCAUCAGCCACACCGGCCUCCAGCUCUUCUUGCCCUACUCGCACUUUAUCACCAAGGGCUACAACACGUGGACCAACGGGCUCUACGGCUACUCGUGGGACAUGAUGAUCCACUCCUGGGACACGAUCCUCGUCGUGGUCAAGGUGGUGGAGAAGGACACGGGCCGCGAGCACUUCCUGGACCCGGACGCGUGGGUGGUGUCGGACCGGUGGGCGCGGCACGCCGACAUGGCCAAGCAGUACGCGACGUGCGUCGAGCGCAACCUGCUGGCCGAGCUGGGGCGGGAGCGGGAGGGGCGACCGCGCGGCGCCACGAGCCCCCUCUCGGGCCUCACCUCCGACAAGCUGGCCGUGCACGUGGACGUGUGGUGCUCGCUCAACGGCCGCUUCCAGCAGCGCAUCUUCGACCCGCGGGUGGACCUGCUGCGCGCGCCGUGGUCGCCCUUCCAGUCGGUGCCCUGGGUCAUGCCGCUGCUCACCCAGCUGUCCCCGAUGCGGAGACGCAUCCGCGAGCUGGAGGCGCAGGUGCAGGCGCGGUCCAACUUCUCCGACGCGCUCUUCGUCGCGGACUUCCCCGGGCUGCACCUGGAGAACUACAUCUCGGACCAGCUGGAGGACGUGACGCUGACGGUGCUGUCCGGGCGCGUGGUCCUGGAGCUGAACCCGUCCCUGGCGGGCGCCCCCGCCGCCCCGCACGUCCGCCGCGCCAACAUGACCCUGGAGGCGGGGGCGAGCGCGCCCGUGCCGAGCAGGGCCUUCCACCGGGUGCACACGGUGAGCGACACGCCCGCCUGCUACAUGUACGCCUAUACCAACCUCAAGCGCAGGCGCGAGGCGGAGCAGGACGACAAGGCCGAGGGGCGCCGGCGGGGACGCCAGACUGAAGCGCGCUACAAUCGGAAAUCCCUGCUGGGCGGGCUGCGCGCGCGCGCCCGGACAGUGAAAAGAGCCGUGACGUUGGUUAGCAGCGCUUUCCUCAACAUACUGUACUCCGUGCCAAUGGUACACACUGUCCGCGUGGGCUAAAAGCAGCCAAAAUAAAGUGCACUGAAAAUGUAUUUAAGGUGUGACCUUUUAUCGAUUUUUUUUAUGAGACUUUGUUUAUUGAAUUUAUUUUUACUUUGGACAUUCUUAUGUGUGAAGUGCAAGUGUGAUAUUUUCUGUGUAAGGAUUUUCCUUUGAUCUCUUAUUGAGAAGAAAAAUGCUAUUUAUGUGAUAUUAACAUCGCUUUUCAGUGUGGUUGCUUUAUUUCUCAGGAACUGAAAACACGGUUGGUUGUGCAGAAGGAAAAUAAAAAAAUGUACUAAAAAAUCUUUAGACAAAUAGCUUUUUAUUUGAAACCCCUUAUAUAGGUGUUGUUGUCACAUUACUAUCAGACUCUAAGUUGAUAAGGUCUGUUCAUUGUGGAAAAUUACAGAUAAAUUUAAGCCAUUGAUGACACACUUUAAAACAUAACAAAUAAUGGCUUAUACCCAAAACACAAGAUACUGAGUGGGUCUCAAAACAAAAUCAUGAUGGGUAAAACAUUUAGUCUUUUCAUACCUGUCAAUAUAUGAUGACUUAGUUGAGUCUUUGGCACAGGUGAGUUCCUUAAUAAUUAAAUAUGUAGACAAUCCUCAUCUCACUCUCGACAUCCUAAUGUAAGUGUUACUUUCACAAAAU